GUUUCCUGGUAACUUUGUUCUGAUUUUAUCUGAAUCUCUUAUCCCAGGCGGAGAAAUACCAGGGCAGACGUUUACUUCUCCAGGUCUUAGUGGCUGAUGGGAGGUCUGGGCCCGAAAACUCCUCCCUGUCCCCUGGCUUCUAUGUGGUCCCCGAAGAUAUGCCUCCUCCAACUUCAAGGCUGCAGAUCUGCAGCUGCAAAUGACACAGGAGCCUCAAAAGAAGCCAGGCCCCAGUGAGCCCCUGGUGUUUGGCAAGACUUUCACCGACCACAUGCUGAUGGUGGAGUGGACCGGGAACCACGGCUGGGGGCAGCCCCGUAUCCAGCCCUUCCAGAACCUCACACUGCAUCCAGCCUGCUCUGCUCUCCACUACUCCCUGCAGGUCUUUGAGGGCAUGAAGGCAUUCAAAGGGAGGGACCAGCAGGUGCGCCUCUUCAGACCCUGGCUCAACAUGGACCGGCUGCUGCGAUCAGCCCAACGCCUCUGCCUGCCGAGUUUUGACAAAGCUGAGUUGCUUGAGUGCAUCCGCCGGCUCAUCCAAGUGGACAAGGACUGGGUUCCUGAGGCAGCUGGCACCAGCCUCUACGUCAGGCCUGUGCUUAUUGGGAACCAGCCCUCACUGGGUGUUGGUGUUGUCACAAGAGCCCUCCUGUUUGUCAUUCUCUGUCCGGUCGGCUCCUACUUCCCUGGAGACUCCAUGACCCCAGUCUCCCUCCUGGCUGACCCAACAUACGUUCGGGCCUGGGCAGGUGGUGUCGGUAACUGCAAGCUGGGUGGGAAUUAUGGGCCCACUGUGCUGGUGCAACAAGAGGCACAGAAGAAUGGCUGCGAGCAGGUCCUCUGGCUGUAUGGGCCUGACCAGCAGCUCACCGAGGUGGGCACCAUGAACAUAUUCAUCUACUGGACCCACGAGGACGGGGUGCUGGAGCUGGUGACCCCUCCGCUGGACAGUAUCAUCCUUCCUGGAGUGGUCAGACAGAGUCUGCUGGACCUGGCUCAGUCCUGGGGUGAGUUCCGGGUGGUGGAGCGCAAGAUCACCAUGAAGGAAAUGCUGCGGGCGCUGGAGGAGAGGCGGGUGCGGGAAGUCUUCGGCUCCGGCACCGCGUGCCAGGUCUGCCCGGUGCACGGAAUCCUGUAUGAAGGCAAGAAAUUUCACAUUCCCACCAUGGAAAAUGGGCCUGAGCUGAUCCACCGCUUCCGGAAGGAGCUGAAGGCCAUUCAGUAUGGAGCCAAAGCGCACGAGUGGGUUCUCCAGGUGUGACCCCCGCCUGCGGCUUUGUCACCUCCCUCUGGGUCCACACCACGCACCAUAUCAUCUAAGCCCGCCCGCCUUCUUGCCUGCCACCGACUCCUGACGUGCAAUAAGAGGCCGGGGCCAGACAUCCGCGUCUC